AGGCCUUUGUAUGAUAAUUUUACCCUGAGGGGAAUGUUUACCUGUCCUCAACAAGUCAGGUGAUUGUUCACAAGAGUUGUCACUCACCUAAAACAGACUGUUCCAGCAACCACCAUGCAAGCUUCAAAGAUUGUUUUUGCUUUCUUAGCCGUGUAUGCUGCAAGUCUACUUCCUGUGACAUUGACAGAACGAACAAACAAACGUUGCGCUAAAUGCAGUCAUAAUCCAUGCCUAAAUGGCGGGAUUUAUGAGGAAUACAAGUCACAGACAGGAACAUCCAAAUUACACUGGGGGAAAUUCAAGUUACAAAAAGGACCUCAGUACAUAUGUAUUUGCCCUGAAGAGUUUACAGGGGAAAUAUGUCAAAUCAAGGUAUGUGACGAACAUGAUUGUCGGAAUGGAAUCUGUGUGGCAGACCAUUGCAAAAAACGAGGAUACAAGUGCAACUGUAUUCCUGGUUAUAUUGGGGAUAAUUGCGAAGUCCAUGUAUGUGACAGACAUGAUUGUAAAAAUGGAAUCUGUGAGGAAGACAAGGCCAGUACAAGAGGUUACAGGUGCACCUGUACCAUGGGUUAUGUUGGAAAUAAUUGUGAAGUUCUUCCAAGGGAUUGUAAGGACGUUAAAGAAGCUGGUCAAAAUAGUUCUGGUGUUUACGAAAUUUUCCCUCAUGGGAAUAUUUCCAGUCCAGUCAGAGUUGAAUGUGACAUGGAAACAUUGGACAGUGCUUGGACGGUAAUCCAGAAAAGAGUAAAUGGUUCCUUGAGCUUUUACAGAGCAUGGGAUGAAUAUAAGAAUGGUUUUGGUGCCCCAGAACAGGAUAUCUGGAUCGGAAAUGACGUGAUCCACCAAUUAACAAAGGGGAAUGACUCUUCUCUCUAUGUUUCCAUAACUCUAGUAAAUGACACAACGCUGUAUGAGUUGUAUAAUCGGUUCUCUGUUUCUGAUGAAGAAGAAAAUUAUCAACUCUUUCUGGGUGGACCGGCCACAGGAACCCUCGGUGAUAGAAUGUUUAAUACUGGUGAUCCCAAUUAUUAUGAUUUGUCGGGGAUGUCCUUUACAACCUGGGAUAGAGACAAUGACAGGUCAGUUGUUAACUGUGCUUCUAACUCUGGUAAAGGCGGCUGGUGGUUCAACAGUUGCUACUAUGGCUUUCUCAAUGGACCCUGGAAUUCUACAGACUGGAUAAGGCCAUGGUAUCCCCCAGUGGAGUAUGGGACCGAGGUGAGGGGAACACUGAUGAUGGUCACACGAGUUUAGGGACAUUACGUAUUUUGUACAUAAAUUAGGACUGAUGAUUAUGAUUAAACGUGUCUAGUGACUAAAAUUACUUCGGAUGUAAAUGGGACAGGGACAGGACGAUGCAUCAAUUUUUAUAACAAGUCAAAUUGAUAAAAAGAGGGAUGAAAGAAGAAAGUAUCUUAUUACCUUUGUACUCUGUUUAUUGUGAAAAUUAUUUAGGCACUUGAAUAAAUCGGUAUUACUUUGAA